UGCUUGUGUCAAGUUGCUUUGUGUUGCUAAUUAGAAAUCAUCAAUAGUAAUUUACUUAAAAAACUAUGCUUGAUGCUUAUUGGUCUAAAUGAUCCUAUGCUGCGUAUGUCUACAUGCAGCUAUGUCAUUUUGUGUGUGAUAGCCUUUAGAAUCGGUUGUUGAGUGGGACAGAUGCGUGACAUAACCUAACUUAACCUCAAUAUCAAGUCGUUUGCUAAAACUCAGUGUAAAAGAAGCAGAAAUUACGACUGACAACACGUUAAAAAGUAGUAGAAAAAAUUAGUAAAAAAAUUGUCUGCUAAGAACAAAGUAGUUAGUAAUAACUAAAACGUAAACGAUGUUUCGAGUAUAUUUUGCCCGUGUAGUUUCACAUGGCAUCAAUACCAAAAACAAUGUGCGAUUUGCAAGUUUUUUGAAUGUGAAAGAAAAGGUCAAGCAGUUAUUAGGCAAAGAAGAUAUCAAGGUACCGUAUGAACAUAUUUGUCAAAUCGGCGAUCCUAUUUUACGUGGCCGCGCUAUGAAAAUAGAUCCUGAAGUUGUACAAAUGCCGGAAUUUCAAAAAGGAGUCGAUCAACUAAUACACGUUAUGCGACGUUAUGGAGCAUGCGGUUUGUCUGGACCUCAAAUUGGACUUCCCUGGCAAGUAUUCGCUAUAGAAUUUACUAAUGAAGAUUUGAAGAAGAUUGAAGAGGCUCUGAGAAAAAUUCGGGAGGUCAAAAUCAUUCCACUGACAGUCUUUAUCAAUCCUGAAAUAAAAAUUAUAGAUCACACACCUAUUAUGUGUUACGAAGGAUGUGAAAGCAUUCGUGGAUACUCCGCUUCUGUUCCUAGAGCCUAUGAGAUAGAAGUUACAGCUCUAAAUCGUUCUGCUCAGCAGUUCACAUGGCGAGCACAAGGAUGGUCUGCUAGAAUAGCACAACAUGAACACGAUCACUUGCAAGGAAAAAUGUAUAUUGACAAAAUGGAUAUAAACACAUUUCAUUGCAUACACUGGGAAAGAAUUAAUAAAGAUAGCGGCAACGUACGGUUGACUUAUUUACCAUAAUAGUAAAAUGUGUGCGAUAUAUGUAAAUUAGUAUUUAUUUUUUAUUGAAAUAAAAUGCAAUCUUUGUAUAU